CAUAAACAGAGCAGAAACAAAAUCUCCCCAUCUUCCAUGAACGACUCCCGAAGCAAAACCUCUCUGUUUCCUUCACCAACGUGACAUCACACACCGCACACCCGAAUUCCCCUCUCAAAUGUCCUCCAUUCCCCUCCGCCGCAUCGCGGCUGCUGGCGUCGCCACCGCCGGCGCUGUCUACUUCGCUUCGCCGUCUGUCUCCAGCGAUAGGGGCAACGGAAUCACCGUUGCGGAGACUUUCCGACAAAAAAUUGGAGAUUCCGGUGCCGUCGUUCCGCCGCGAAGUGUCCAGGAGUCGGCUCUGGUAGGCGCCGGUUCCGCGAACCCACUCGAUGUCCUCGUCGUCGGCGGUGGAGCCACCGGCUGCGGCGUGGCUCUCGACGCCGCAACUCGCGGUCUUCGUGUUGGGUUGGUGGAGAGGGAGGAUUUUUCGUCUGGGACGUCUUCUCGGUCCACGAAGCUCAUCCAUGGAGGUGUUCGGUAUCUGGAGAAAGCAGUAUUCAAUCUGGACUAUGGACAGCUGAAACUAGUGUUCCAUGCCCUCGAGGAGCGUAAACAGGUCAUCGAGAAUGCUCCACACCUCUGCCGUGCCUUGCCGUGCAUGACACCUUGUUUCGGCUGGUUCGAGGUGAUAUACUAUUGGGCGGGUUUGAAACUGUACGAUCUUGUCGCGGGACCGUGCUUGUUGCAUCUUUCCAGAUAUUUCUCCGCACGAGAAUCUCUGGAGCUUUUCCCGACACUCGCGAAGAAGGGUGACGAUAAGACCUUAAAGGGAACCGUUGUGUACUACGAUGGGCAGAUGAACGAUUCUCGGGUUAAUGUUGGAUUGGCUUGUACUGCUGCAUUGGCAGGUGCAGCCGUGCUUAACCAUGCCGAAGUUGUUUCGUUUAUAAAGGACGAUGUUUCGGGGAGGAUAAUUGGUGCGAAAGUUCAAGACAAGCUAUCAGGGAAGGAAUUCGAUACAUAUGCAAGAGUCAUAGUGAAUGCAGCGGGACCGUUCUGCGAUUCUGUAAGGAAAAUGGCCGAUGAAGAAGCGAAACCGAUGAUUUGUCCCAGUAGCGGAGUUCAUAUCGUUCUCCCGGAUUACUAUUCUCCUCAAGGAAUGGGUUUGAUUGUUCCGAAAACGAAGGACGGACGUGUUGUUUUCAUGUUGCCAUGGUUGGGAAGAACAGUUGCAGGCACUACAGAUUCCGAGACCGCCAUUACUCCGCUUCCUGAACCACGCGAAGAUGAGAUCGAGUUUAUACUGGACGCGAUAUCUGAUUACCUCAGCAUCAAGGUAAGACGGGGAGACGUUCUUUCAGCCUGGAGCGGUAUUCGGCCAUUGGCCAUGGACCCAUCGGCUAAGAACACAGAGAGCAUCUCAAGAGAUCACGUCUUGUGCGAGGAAUACCCUGGUUUGGUUACAAUCACCGGUGGAAAAUGGACUACUUAUCGAAGCAUGGCGGAAGACGCUGUUAAUGCUGCCAUCGAAUCGGGAAAGCUGAAUCCGAAGAACGGAUGCAUAACGAACCGGGUAAAGCUCGUGGGAGCUGAAGGAUGGGAUCAGUCGUCUUUCGCAGUUCUUGCUCAGCAGUUCACGCGGAUGAAGAGGACGUACGGAGAUAAGGUUGUUCCGGGGGCAAUGGACACGGCUGUGGCCAAGCAUUUGUCCCAUGCCUAUGGCACCCGAGCAGAACAAGUCGCUACCAUUGCACAGGAGGAGCGUUUGGGGAAGAGGCUUGCGCACGGGUACCCGUUCCUCGAGGCAGAGGUAGCAUACUGCGCGAGGCACGAGUACUGCGAAAAGGCGGUUGAUUUCAUCGCAAGGAGAUCUCGGAUAGCGUUUCUUGACAGAGAAGCAGCGGAGAAAGCGCUUCCUCGGGUAAUCGAGAUUUUGGGAGCGGAACACAAGUGGGGCGAGGCCAGGAAGAAGGAAGAGCUUCAAAAGGGACGAGAGUUCUUGGCAACGUUCAAGCCAUCAACCUCAUGAACAAAAACACACACAUACACACGCGCACACUGUGUUGCUGGUGAGUUGCACAAUCAAGAAUAAUACGCAUUUAUAAUCAUACUCUCUUAAAAAAAAAAAGAUCGACACCAUGUUGUACUUUGUUUUUUUUUUCUUUCCAAUUUUGGGAUUGGAAUGUUGGUGUUUUUCUUUGUACUUUUGUUACGACAAAAGUGAAGUGUAUUGAACUAAAAUGUUGUCUUUAGAAUUUGCUACGGUAAGCAAA